UUGGCUCAAUUCCAACAUCUCCAGCGUUUCAGAAAUGUCGGUACGUACGCUGUUUGCCACACAACUAGAUUUUCACUCCCAUACCUAACAGUCAAUCACCAUUCUCCGACGUCCUACCUCUCUUGGAUUCCUUCUCAGUUAACCUUUCUUCCUCCUUUCUUCUUCUCCAUUCUUCCACUACGCUAUCUAUAUAUUACCCAGCCCUACUGCAAGACUCUAACACAAACCCAACUCUGCAAAUAUGGCAAAUGAGAUAUGGAUCAUUCCGUUUUUCGGUCAGGGCCAUCUCUUGCCUUUAAUGGAGCUCUGCAAGCACUUAGCCUCCAGAAACUUCAAAGCCGUUUUCGUCAUCUCUUCCAACCUCUCCUCCUCCAUACCCUCAUCUCUCCGCCAAUACCCACUCGUCGAAAUCGCAGAGAUUUCUGAAGCACCACCGUCUGAUCCGUCGUCCCCGCCGCAGGAGCCGAGUUCUCAGCCGCAUCACCGCCACCACGGCCAGAUGGCAGUCGGGCUUGAGAACCUCCUCUCGACCCGAAACGAGAGUCCGGAUUCGGUCCGACCCCUUUGUGCAGUUCUUGACAACAUGAUGAGCUGGAAUUCUGAGUUUUUUCAAAAGUUUGAGAUUCCGGUGGUCAGCUUUUUCACUUCCGGAGCUUGCUCCGCUGCCAUGGAGUAUGCCCUGUGGAAGGCCCACCCGAUAGAUGUCAAACCGGGCGAGACCCGUUUGCUACCGGGGUUACCCGAAGAGAUGGCUGUGACGGUUUCGGAUAUUAAACGGGAGUCUCGUCGGCCACCAUUCCCUGUUGGUGGAGGCGGCCCGCCAGGAGGUCCGGGAGCGGGCUUUCCUCCUCAUGGACCACCACAUGGUGGGCCUGGCCCGCCAAGAAUGGGUCCGCCAAAGGCCGGUGACCAACCGCAUUGGUUAGAGGAGGUCGAGCAAUCUAUUGGAGUGAUGAUCAACACGUGUGAUGAGCUAGAGCAUCCAUUUAUCGAAUACGUCUCCAACAAGAUUGAAAAACCCGUUUGGGGAGUGGGCCCGAUGUUACCCGAGCAAUAUUGGAAAUCGGCUCGUUCGGUUCUCCAUGAUCGCGAAGUUCGAACCAAUCGGAAAUCGAACUUCACCGAAGACGAGGUAAAUCAAUGGCUAGAUUCAAAACCACGUGGAUCGGUGCUAUACGUUUCAUUUGGAAGCGAGGUUGGUCCCACCAAAGAGGAGUACGAAAUACUAGCCGAGGCAUUGGAAGCGUCGACCCGGCCAUUCAUAUGGGUGGUCCAAGUCACCGCAGGAAGACCCCCGGGUCCUCCUCCGGGUCCUCCCGGACAGUCACAACCCAUAUCAGAACCCAAAGAGGCCUAUUUUCCACACGGGCUAGAUACGCGGGUCGGAAAAAGAGGCUUGAUCAUACAUGGGUGGGCCCCGCAGCUCUUGAUACUGAGCCACCCAUCAACGGGAGGAUUCCUUUCGCACUGUGGGUGGAAUUCAACUGUGGAGGCAAUUGGGCGUGGAGUCCCAUUCUUGGCGUGGCCAAUCAGAGGGGACCAACACUCGGACGCUAAAUUGGUAGCGAGCUAUCUCAAAGUUGGGUAUCUGAUUUCUGAGGAUUUAUCAGAGACAAUAAAGAAGGAGGAUAUAACAAGAGGGAUUGAGAAGCUACUGAGUGAUGAAGAGAUGAAGCAACGAGCUGUGAAGCUUAGUGCUAAGUUUGAGCAUGGAUUUCCAACAAGUUCUGUCGCGGCUUUAGAUGCCUUUGGAGACUUCCUCAGACACAAAAACAAAGCAUCUUCUCAUUGAUUUUAGUCUUGAUGUUAAUUGGAAGAGUUUCUGUUUGACUCUUUUUUCUUUGUAUUAAUGUAUAAUUUAUAAGAUUGUUGGUCUGCAUCGUGGACAUUAUAUUAUACUCAAUUAUUUACACA